AUGGCUUCGGUUUCAGAAACACCAAAAGAUGGAGAUCUGAUUGAGAUUUUUUUCCUUGGCUUUCAACACUGGGCCGUGUGCGUGGGACAUGGCUAUGUGGUUCAUGUGGUUCCUUCAGGAGCUGGUGUUUCAGGUCUCAAGUGUGCCUUUGCUAAAACAGCCAUGGUGAAGAAGGAACUGCUGUCUGAGGUGGCUGGGAAGCACAGGUACCGGGUCAAUAACAAGCACGAUGACAAGUACAAGCCACGGCCUCCCAACACGAUUGUCCAGCUGGCCAUGGAGAAAGUGGGAAAGGAGGUGCCUUACUCGCUGAUCUUCAAAAACUGCGAACACUUUGUGAACGAGCUGCGCUAUGGGGUCUCCCGCAGCGACCAGGUGUUCCAGGUCCCUGCUCAUCUGACCCAGGUCAGGUGCUCAUGA